CUGAAAUAUCAAGAGACAAGAAUCGAACGUUAAAUCGCUAAGGUUCGGUAAAACCGGUAAACGGUAACGGUAACCUUUACGUUGCAUGCCUAAUCAAGAUCCAUCUUAACUUCAUUUUACACUUUACACAAAUAAUCUGAACUCUCACGUCGCUCUAGUAUUUUGCCAGAAACAGAAAAAAGGUUCGAAUAUUUUCGAUUUCGAAUAAUCGAAGGUUCGAAUAUUUUCGAUUUCGAAUAAUCGAAGUUCGAUUAUGUUCGAUUUCGAAUAAUCGAAUUUCGAUUAAUCGAAAUCGGUGCAUGCCUACUCGAAAGUAAAUUUUCUUGUCUUUCUUCAACAUUGUCUAGUUGUUGAAAUGUGUAAAGAAAUUCAGUGUUCCAUUGUUUUCCUCCUCUCUUUCUCUCUUGAUCGAAACGAGCUAUCAUACGACUAAGCACAGUCGAAUAACUGAUCUAAAGUACUUGGAAUUAUUUGUGCAUGUCAAAAAAAGCAGUCUGUUUACUCCAUUGUCAGAAUCUCAUUUUUUGAAAAACUGGAAUUAUCCAUAAGAUUUGAAAAAGCCUAUAUAUUGUUAAGAUUAUAAGGAUAUAAAAAAAACCUUUUAUGAUUUCUGUAAUUUUUUGAUAGUUGAGAACAUUUUUAUAAAAUUUAUAAAGAUAGAUAAAAGUUUCUUUUAGAAAUUUCAGAUUCAGAAUUUAGAUAAUUCAGGCAGUUUUUGAAGAUCCUGUAAAGUGUUCAUUGAUUUUUUACCAUUUCAGAUUAUUUCGAUAGAAAGUGGGUCGUCAAAGGGUCACAAAGACGGGUCGAGAUACAUUGAGAGCUAAAAAUACAGCUAUACAUCUUAGUUUUUGGUCUUCUCUUUUUCUCUAUCUCGACUUUUUCAGUAGUUUGUCUUACUAGUUUUUGAGUAUUCGUGAAAACAUCAAAAGUUGAGGAGACGAAUAUCUAAUCGAAAAGGACCGGGGAAUAAAAUGUUUGAUUGUUUGCGAGUACUCAGUUAUGUCAGGUAACUUAAAACAAGCGGCAUUUAAGACUUGGCGUUCGGUACGGAGCAACGAGAUUUUAUCUUCUGAAUUGCAAUAAAUGCUAAAGUUCACCUAUAACACAGGACCUUUUUGGGUUUUUGGAAAAGAGAUGUUAUUCGGACUACUUUUUCUCGGUAACCACCAUGUGAUAUGUUAUUUCAAACAUUAUCUAGAUCUCAAGUGGUGUUGACAGUAAGGUGGAAUUAGAAUAUGCUAAUCCAAUUAAAUGGUAUACAAAUAAUGAAACAUUUAUAUAUCGACAGAUAAAUAAUAUACUGCGUUUAGAAAAUUUCCAACUUUUAAUGUCUUAUCGUUAUUAUAUUAUUGAUUUAUGUUUACAAAUUGAAACACUUUACAGGCACGAUAAAAGUCACGUGACAAUGAUUUACAGAGCAGGAAAUAUAAGUGAAAUUGAAUUGAUGAAUGUUAAAUGUGGUUCUAAAGCAGGACAAUAUAUAGCCAUGAAUGGUUUUGUAUCAACAACAAAAAGUAAGCGAUUUGCUGAAUCAUGGACUAAAUGUAACAAAUCAAAACGUCCAGGAGUUGUUAGUGUUAUAUACAAAAUUCGAAUUGAUUCGAAUCAACCAUGUACAGCAUUUGCUGAUAUUGGAAAUAUCUCUCAGCAUCCAGAAGAGCAAGAAGUCUUAUUUAGCAUCGGUGCUGUAUUUUCUGUUGAUCAAGUCAUUGAUCCAUUAGUUGAUGAUACCGAUAAAUUUUAUUAUAUUAAACUUACAGCAUGUGAUUUAAAUGAAAUAAUUAUUGAUGAUAUACGUUCAAAAGUUAAAAGAUCAUCUCAAACAGCAUUGCGUAUAUUAUUAUCUAAAUAUUUAACUGAGUUAGGCGAAUAUCGUUUUGUUUAA